ACUCCGUCCCAGAUGCCUUCACUCCGUCCCAGGUGCCUUCACUCCGACAACUCCAUCCCAGAUGCCUUCACUCCGUCCCAGAUGCCUUCACUCCGUCCCAGAUGCCUUCACUCCGUCCCAGAUGCCUUCACUCCGUCCCAGAUGCCUUCACUCCGUCCCAGAUGCCUUCACUCCGUCCCAGAUGCCUUCACUCCAUCCCAGAUGCCUUCACUCCGUCCCAGAUGCCUUCACUCCGUCCCAGAUGCCUUCACUCCAUCCCAGAUGCCUUCACUCCGUCCCAGAUGCCUUCACUCCGUCCCAGAUGCCUUCACUCCGUCCCAGAUGCCUUCAUUUCGACAACUCCGACCCAGGUGCCUUCACUCUGACAACUCCAUCCCAGGUGCCUUCACUCCGACAACUCCAUCCCAGAUGCCUUCACUCCGUCCCAGAUGCCUUCACUCCGACCCAGGUGCCUUCACUCCGACAACUCCGACCCAGAUGCCUUCACUCCGUCCCAGAUGCCUUCACUCCGACAACUCCAUCCCAGAUGCCUUCACUCCGUCCCAGAUGCCUUCACUCCGUCCCAGGUGCCUUCACUCCGUCCCAGAUGCCUUCACUCCGACCCAGGUGCCUUCACUCCGACAACUCCGACCCAGGUGCCUUCACUCCGUCCCAGAUGCCUUCACUCCGACAACUCCAUCCCAGAUGCCUUCACUCCGUCCCAGAUGCCUUCACUCCGUCCCAGGUGCCUUCACUCCGACAACUCCAUCCCAGAUGCCUUCACUCCGUCCCAGAUGCCUUCACUCCGUCCCAGAUGCCUUCACUCCGUCCCAGGUGCCUUCACUCCGACAACUCCAUCCCAGAUGCCUUCACUCCGUCCCAGGUGCCUUCACUCCGUCCCAGAUGCCUUCACUCCGUCCCAGAUGCCUUCACUCCGUCCCAGAUGCCUUCACUCCGUCCCAGAUGCCUUCACUCCGUCCCAGAUGCCUUCACUCCGUCCCAGGUGCCUUCACUCCGACAACUCCAUCCCAGAUGCCUUCACUCCGUCCCAGAUGCCUUCACUCCGUCCCAGAUGCCUUCACUCCGUCCCAGAUGCCUUCACUCCGUCCCAGAUGCCUUCACUCCGUCCCAGAUGCCUUCACUCCGUCCCAGAUGCCUUCAUUUCGACAACUCCGACCCAGGUGCCUUCACUCUGACAACUCCAUCCCAGGUGCCUUCACUCCGACAACUCCAUCCCAGAUGCCUUCACUCCGUCCCAGAUGCCUUCACUCCGACCCAGGUGCCUUCACUCCGACAACUCCGACCCAGGUGCCUUCACUCCGUCCCAGAUGCCUUCACUCCGACAACUCCAUCCCAGAUGCCUUCACUCCGUCCCAGAUGCCUUCACUCCGUCCCAGGUGCCUUCACUCCGACAACUCCAUCCCAGAUGCCUUCACUCCGUCCCAGAUGCCUUCACUCCGUCCCAGGUGCCUUCACUCCGUCCCAGAUGCCUUCACUCCGACCCAGGUGCCUUCACUCCGACAACUCCGACCCAGGUGCCUUCACUCCGUCCCAGAUGCCUUCACUCCGACAACUCCAUCCCAGAUGCCUUCACUCCGUCCCAGAUGCCUUCACUCCGUCCCAGGUGCCUUCACUCCGACAACUCCAUCCCAGAUGCCUUCACUCCGUCCCAGGUGCCUUCACUCCGUCCCAGAUGCCUUCACUCCGUCCCAGAUGCCUUCACUCCGUCCCAGAUGCCUUCACUCCGUCCCAGAUGCCUUCACUCCGUCCCAGGUGCCUUCACUCCGACAACUCCAUCCCAGGUGCCUUCACUCCGUCCCAGGUGCCUUCACUCCGUCCCAGGUGCCUUCACUCCGUCCCAGAUGCCUUCACUCCGUCCCAGAUGCCUUCACUCCGUCCCAGAUGCCUUCACUCCGUCCCAGAUGCCUUCACUCCGUCCCAGGUACCUUCACUCCGACAACUCCGUAACAGCGCGGCGACAACAGAGGAUCAAAG